AUGGUGCUCAUCAAAUUAUUGGUCACAGUGACUACGUUUAUUGUUUCGACAAUUGGGAGCCCAAGUCCAAAGUACUCAAAGCCUCAUUUUAACGUCACAGACUUUGUAGAAACCCAGCUCUUAGAGGAUCCUUCUCCAUACGACUUUCCUAUUCUUCAAAAUGGCAGUUUAGCAGGCAGUGGCCAAUUCCCUAUGCCACUAUGUAACGGUUUUGAGUUGGAAGAAGCUUCAAUUGACCAAUUACAAGCGGCUUUGUCAAGGGGAAGAUUGACUUCGGUGCAGAUUGUUAUGUGUUAUCUGGAGAGGAUUUACCAGACAGACGAAUAUCUCAGGGCUGUAAUGCAAGUGAAUCCUGAGUUUAUCCAGAUAGCUUCUGCACUCGACCAUGAACGUAAACUAGGCAACCUCCGUGGACCAUUACACGGCAUACCAUUUCUGGUGAAAGACAAUAUUGCUACCAAGGACAAAUUAGAAACCACUGCCGGCUCUUGGAUGUUGCUUGGUUCGAUCGUUCCUCGUGAUGCCCACGUCGUGAAACGGCUUCGCACUGAGACUGAUGGAAGCGUUAUCAAUCCCGCCGAGAGAAAUGGUGUUGUCGGUAUCAAGCCGACUGUUGGCCUAACUUCACGUGACGGAGUCAUUCCUGAAUCCCAUAAUCAAGACACCGUCGGAUGUAUCGCUAAAACUGUCCGAGACGCUACCUACUGUCUUGACGGAAUUUACGGUCCAGAUGCCCGUGACAACUAUACUCUUGUGCAAGACACCCCACCUGGUGGCUACUCCCAAUACCUUACCAACAAAACCGCUCUUCAAGGCGCGAUUUUCGGACUUCCUUGGCUCAGCUUUUGGAAAUUUGCCGAUUCGAACCAACAAUCCCAAUUACUCAAUCUCAUUUCUGAGAUAGAAGCCGCUGGAGCCACGAUCAUAAAUGGCACUGAACUUCCAUACUGGCAAACAAUCAUUUCCCAAGAUGGUUGGGAUUGGGAUUAUGGCACUACUCGUGGAUAUUCCAACGAAUCCGAAUACACUUACGUCGCAGUCGAUUUCUACAACGACAUAGUUAAAUAUCUUUCAGAGCUAAAUAACACAGAUAUCCGCACCGUUGAAGAUAUCGUGCAGUACAAUAUCGACAACGUUGGAUCCGAAGGUGGUCUUCCUGGUGUCCAUCCUGCCUUUAAAUCAGGACAAGACGGGUUCCUAGCUUCUCUCGCUACAGGCGGUAUCAUGAAUGAAACAUACUGGGAAGCCCUCAAUUUCUGUCAUCGAACAACCCGCGAAGAUGGAAUAGAUGCCGCUCUGUACAAUAAUGGAACUCAACUUACUGCGCUAUUGGUGCCGCCCGAUGUUGCUCAAACUUAUCAAAUUGCGGCACAAGCAGGGUACCCAAUGAUUACCUUGCCCGCGGGCGUAAGCCCAGUCGAUGGAAUGCCGUUUGGAUUGGCACUGAUGGGAACUGCUUGGAGUGAGGCAACUUUAAUUAGGUAUGCGAGUGCAAUUGAGGAUUUGCAGCAGAGUUUGGUGGGCUUGCAACAGAAGAGGACGAGUCCGUUGUGGUAUGAUUACCGGGCGAAAAAUAUUCCUAUCAUAUAG